AUGGAGAGGCUCUUCAUUUCUGUGGGGCUAUUCGUGUGCCUGGUUUGCCUGGUGAAGUGCAUGAGGCUCUCCCAUUACCUUUUUCUGAGCGUCUGCAAGGCUGUACCAAGGUCUUUCCUGCAAUCAAUGGGACAAUGGGCAGUGAUCACCGGAGCAGGCGAUGGCAUCGGGAAAGCUUAUUCAUUUGAGCUGGCCAGACAUGGGCUCAAUGUUGUACUUAUCAGCCGGACACUGGAAAAGCUACAGGCCAUUGCAGAAGAGAUUGAGAGGAUCACUGGAAGCCGUGUGAAGAUUAUACAAGCAGAUUUUACCAGAGAAGAUAUCUAUGACCAUAUUAAAGAACAACUUGAAGGCUUAGAAAUAGGAGUUUUAGUCAACAAUGUUGGAAUGCUCCCCAGCUUGUUCCCAAGCCAUUUCCUGAGCAUGCCCGAUGAGAGCCAGAGUCUCAUCCACUGCAACAUUACCUCCGUAGUCAAGAUGACACAGCUUGUUCUCAAAAACAUGGAAUCAAGGCGGAGAGGCCUCAUCUUGAAUAUUUCCUCCGGAGCAGCCCUUCGUCCCUGGCCUCUGUACAGCCUGUACUCAGCUUCCAAAGCUUUUGUGUGCACAUUUUCCAAGGCUCUAAAUGUGGAAUACAGACAUAAAGGAAUCAUUAUCCAGGUGCUGACCCCUUAUUCUGUUUCAACCCCAAUGACAAAGUACCUAAAAACCAGCAUGACCAAGACCGCUGAUGAGUUUGUUAAAGAAUCCUUGAAAUAUGUCACAAUUGGAGCUGAAACCUGUGGCUGCCUCACUUAUGAAAUCAUGGCAAUAAUUCUGAACCUGAUCCCUUCCAGAAUCUUGUAUAGCAGCACCGCACACAGAUUUCUCCUGACAAGAUACUCAGAUUACCUGAAGCGCAACAUCAGCCACAGAUAG